AUGCAGGAGUUAAUCGCCGUUCGCGUGAAGGAUGGCAUUUUUGUCGGCAAUGUGAUCGCCUCGCAGGACCGCGACUUCAUCGAGAUGAACAAAAUCACACACAUCAUUAACUGCGCUGGUGGGGAGCUACCCGACCUUUUUGUGCACGACGGGGUGAAGUACCUCACCUUCCCGUGGAGGGACACCACAGGCUCCAUAUGCACCGCCGUGAUGUUUGAUAGCGCCGACGAGAAUAUUGAACGCACGGUGCACUUUAUAGAUGAGGCAAUUGAGUCCGGCUACUGUGUGUUGGUGCACAGCCAUUUUGGUGUGUCACGCAGCCCAGCGCUGAUAGCGGCGUACUUCAUCGUAAAAUAUGGCUGGAAGCUUGAUAAUGCCCUUGCCUUCCUUGAGAUGGCCCACAAAGAUAUGUGCAUCAGACCACAUUUCCUGCGGCAGCUGCGUAUGUUUGCCAAGCGUAAUUGCGUAGAUCACGACGUGUUUGACCCGGACGUCGACGACUCUCAGUUUGGAUUAGAUAAUGAUCAGUGGAUGCUGCGCAACACCUUGCUUAAUGGACUAACCUUUGAGAUGCAGGGACGUAAUAGCUUGUACAAGUUUUGUACAAGCAAAGUAGAAUUUGGAACUUCGAUGAAACCCAGUGACGCGGGCAUAAAAGCAAAGGGAAGAAAGGGCAAACGCAUUGUGUUCAUCGACACAAAGCAAGGAACGCACGUGGACUCAGAAGAUGGUGCACCUGUUGUGAAUGUACAGUCGUUGCAGCAGCUCGACUCAAGCAACCACUUUCUUGGGUUUCACGGUUCCGUGUCUUUGCGUAGCUGGCACAGCCGCAGCGGUAUCAUGAGCCGCAGCAUUUCUCCCUGCACCCGCCGUGUAGAGUCUGACCCACGCACCAAUCCACGCGGUCGACAGGAACUGACUGUUCGCUCGGAGUCAAAAAUGGGCCGCAGCGCCUCCGGGUUGGAUGGUCCUAGUUUGUCGUUGACGGCGCGUACGGCAACUGGGUGCUCCACGUUGGAGGGAGGCGCUCAUGCAGGGGCAGAGACUCGCCACAUUGCACUACCCAGUACGAUUCACCCUCCGGGACGAUCACCCUUCGCGACGCUUACCUCCAGUCACAAAUACCGUAAAGGCUCUCCACUUCCGGCGCCUACGCAUGAUGCUAAGCCGACUCGUCCUGCCCAACGCCCCUCAUCUGCGACGGUAGCCGAUAAUAAUUUUUCUAGGUUGCGAGUUGCGUCUAACCUGGGAGCCCCACGGGUGGCUCGCACCUCUUUGAUGCGUACCGGUAGUCCAACGUCACUUGGCGGAAGCGUCUCCUCUGUCGCCUCUGCACCUUCAGCUCGGGCGUCGAGCUACAAAAACAUUGCUCCGCAUCGAUCACAGCCUAGUCGUGGGGUCGUGUCUGCAUGGGAUGCCAAUAAGACGGGCGAGCCACCAUCCGUGGUGCAGCGAUCUUCGCUCCGAAACGGUCCACAAGGUUCCCGCCGCGGUUCUCCUGUAGGCCGGCCAAACUACGCAAGUGUGCGGGUCGCCUCUUCUAGUGGGGUUGCAUUAGAAUCGCACGCCAACCGUAACGUAAACGGAGGAAGUAACGCUACGAAAAUUGGAGGAAGUGUAAUCGUGAGGCGCCACUCACCGGUGGUGGCCUCGUCUGUCAGACGCCUUUAG